AUGGGGAACGGCGGCUCGGCCGUGAAGGUCUGCGCCGAUCACCAGGGAGGCAUCAACUGGCUGAGCCUGAGCCCGGACGGGCAGCGCCUGCUCACGGGCAGCGAGGACGGCACGGCGCGCCUCUGGAGCACCGCCGACAGCCAGUGCCGCGGCCACCUCCAAGGACAUGAAAGUUACAUCACCUUUUGCCACUUAGAAAAUGAGGCUGCCUUCACGUGUAGCGCAGAUCAUACCAUUCGGAAGUGGGAUGUGGUGACAGGCCAGUGCCUGGCCAUUUACCGAGGGCACACGUCGAUUGUUAACAGGAUCCUAGUUGCCAAAGACUAUCUCUUUAGUGGCUCCUAUGACAGGACAGCCCGCUGUUGGAGCGUGGACAAGGAGAAACAAAUCCAGGAAUUCCGGGGCCAUCGGAACUGUGUCCUGACUCUAGCUCACUAUUCCUCCAAGGAUGUUCUUGAAGAGGAGGAGGAGGAAGAGGAAGAGGAGGAGAAAGUGAGCAGAGACCUCCUGGUGACAGGUAGCACAGACUGCACUGUUAAGGUCUGGUGGGUGUCUAGUGGGCGCUGUUACCAGACUCUACUGGGACACACUGGAGCUGUCUUAUGCCUUAUACUUGACGCACCAAACAGGGAGCUGUUUUCUGGCAGCACGGAUUACACCAUUCGAACAUGGAAUAUUGUCACUGGUGAGCAGUUGAAAGUGUUUAAAGAGCAUCAAGGAUCAGUAAUUUGUCUAGAGCUAGUGAAUCGGCAUUUAUAUUCAGGAAGCGCGGACAGGACAGUGAAGUGCUGGUUAGUAGACACUGGGGAGCGAAUCCAAACGUACAAGGCUCACAAACACAGCGUUAGCACUUUGAAAUACCACGCUGGGAUCUUGUUCACAGGAAGUGGUGAUGCCUGUGCAAGAGCUUUCAAUUCCAAGAGUGGUGUCCUGCAGAAGAUCUUCCGAGGACACAAGUUCAUCAUCAACUGCAUCCAGAUUCACAAUGAGUUGUUGUAUACAGCUUCCCAUGAUGGCACACUAAGGAUUUGGGACAUCCGGGGAAUAUGCAAGAGAAGUAAGCGACGUUUGAAGAAGGAGAGGUCUGCCCAGGGCCGGAGCUCUCAAAAGGGAAGUCUGUCUCGUCUUUUCAACAACAAAGUUGGCUGCAUAGUACAGCAAGAAAAUGGGGAACAAGAGACUGUUGAACUAAUGUGACAGCAGGAUAGACUUUCCAUCAGUGACCGAAGCUGAACCUUUUCUGUGCUACUGUACAAAUAAGCCAGAACUUGGAAAGAGAUGGGAAAUGGGAUUGCUUGUACCGCUCUUCAGGAGCCAGGAUUCUCCAUGACCGUGAGGUGGACUUCAGCCAGACUCUCACUCUGAUGGCUCUUGGCAGAUAGUUGAGCUGUACUGGGGUUAGAAGGGACUGCAGUGUAGUUCAGGUGAUGUCUGGGGGCGUGUGUGUGCGUGUGUGUGUGUGUGUAAAAAUAUUAGGAACUUAUUUAAGACUAUUUUUUUUCCAAUUUCCUCUGGCACAGAUGUGUUUCAUGCUUCUGCCUGACUAGUACCUGAUGGGAGAUGUUUCCUCCUCUUCCUGUUGCCUGCUCACAUGCUCUCUGUUCAGCUGAAUGUAGAACUGAAAGCUGCCUUGCAGUGUGACUCUGAAUUCCAUGUUCCCAGCUCACCUUUGAGUUAGUUUUUUGCUGAUCAGACCAACUCAUGCAGGAUGGUGUGGCUCAGCAGGAGUAAGUUCAAAGGAGAUUGAACAACUCUUUGGGACACUGGGAGUAAUGGGACAGAAACUAAUUGUUUUUAAACAAAACAUAAGCUAGAAAACACUUUAAACCUCUGGCCUUUUGUAUCAAGGUUGACAGUUUGCCAACAUACAACAAACUCUCCUCACCCCAACAAACUAGCCAGUUUUUCCUCUUACCUUACUCAGUAAAGAAAGCAUCAGCAGCUUCACUUGCAUCUUCCAUGCUGCCAGGGCUGUGUGCUCCCUGUCAUCUUUUUGUCCCAGGCACAGGUCCCCAAAGAGGGGAGUGCUGAAGGACGGAGGUUCCUCUGAAGGCUUCUGCCCUGGAUGGCAGGAGGCGGAAGCUGACCGCAAGGCUCUGUGUCAGAUGGAGGAAGAGCAGUUGUGCCAGUUAAAGUCCCAGGACAUGGAUGUAUGUGUGACCCAACCUUUCCUGUCUGUCAUGCCUGGCUCGGUUUCUCCGGUGAAGGAGACAAGGUACUGAAAUGGGAAUGAAUGUCCAGUUGUAGUUGGGUGACCCAAGACAAUUUGGGUAAGAUGACAGUUUUAGGAUCACAGGAAAGUUCAAGUAGCAAGGGACCUCAGGAAGUCCCGUGUCCAUCCUCUGCUCAAAGCAGGGUCAACUAGAAGGUCGGAUUGGAUAAGCAGUCAACUUCAAGGGUACUUCUCCCAGUCUUUUUCUAUGUUCAUCCCUUGCUGAUAACCACUGAGCCAUAUGUAAACAAGGGUUCUUACAUUUUUCUAUUUGCAGAUACAUCUCUUUGUAGCAUUGGUGUAGAAUAUCUAGUCACUUUUUUUUUUUUUUUUUUUUAAU